AAACUAAAUUACAAAAAUGUCUUACCACAAGCCUGAAGCUAAAGCUAUCCAAGAAUUGAAAGAUAUCGCACAUCGUUUGCGUAUUCAUUCAAUUACCUCAACUCAGGCCUCCAAAUCCGGCCAUCCCACAUCAUGCGCCUCAAUUGCCGAAAUUUUGUCGGUAUUGUUUUUCAAUACCAUGCGUUUAAAUUUGAAAUUCCCCCGCGAUCCCUCCAGUGAUCGUUUGGUUUUGUCGAAGGGUCAUGCUGCACCAAUUCUGUAUGCUGCCUGGGCUGAGGCUGGUCUUUUCCCAGUUGAGGAAUUGCAAAAUUUGCGUAAAAUCGACAGCGAUUUGGAGGGUCAUCCCACACCCCGUUUGAAUUUCAUCGAUGUUGGUACCGGUUCAUUGGGUCAGGGUGUUGCUGUUGCUGCCGGUAUGGCCUAUGUUGGCAAGAAUUUCGACAAGGCUGACUAUAGAACCUAUGUCGUUGUUGGUGAUGGCGAAUCCGCUGAAGGUUCCAUUUGGGAAUCUCUACACUUUGCUGGCCACUACAAAUUGGACAAUUUGUGUGUCAUCUUCGAUGUAAAUCGUUUGGGCCAAUCUGAAGCCACCUCUUUGCAACAUCAAAUGGAUGUUUACCGCAAACGUUUGGAAGCUUUCGGCUUCAACGCCCUCGUUGUCGACGGCCACGAUGUUGAGGAAUUGUGCAAGGCCUUCCACGAAGCUGCCAAUACCAAAAAUCAACCCACUGCCAUUAUUGCCAAAACCUUCAAAGGUAAAUUCUUCCCCAACAUUGAAGAUUUGGAUAACUGGCAUGGCAAGCCCUUGGGCGAUAAGGCCAAUGAGGUCAUUAAACAUUUGCAAGGCUUGAUGGUUGACUCUUCAGCCAGACCACCAGCAUUGGCUCCCCAAACACCCACCAAGUGCAAGCCAGCACCCCCAGUUGAUAUUACCAAGGUGCAAUUGUCGUCACCACCCAACUACAAGCUGGGAGAACAAGUUGCCACCCGUUUGGCUUACGGUACCGCCUUGGCCAAAUUGGCCGAAAACAACGACCGUGUCAUUGCCUUGGAUGGUGAUACCAAGAACUCGACUUUCUCCGAUAAAUUGAAGAAGGCCUUCCCCGAACGUUACAUCGAAUGUUUCAUUGCCGAACAGAAUUUGGUUGGUGUUACCAUUGGUGCUGCUUGCCGUGAUCGUACCAUUGCUUUUGCCUCCACCUUUGCCACCUUCUUCACCCGUGCUUUUGAUCAAAUUCGUAUGGGUGCCAUUUCCCAAACUAAUGCCAACUUUGCCGGCUCCCAUUGCGGUGUCAGCAUUGGUGAAGAUGGUCCCUCUCAAAUGGGUUUGGAAGAUAUUGCCAUGUUCCGUGCCAUUCCCGGCAGUACUGUCUUCUAUCCUUCGGAUGCUGUCAGUUGCGAACGUGCCGUAGAAUUGGCUGCUGUCACCAAGGGCAUUUGCUUCAUUCGUACUUCGCGUCCCAACACCGCUGUUUUGUACGAGAACAAUGAACCCUUCGCCAUUGGCAAGGGUAAGGUGGUUAAACAAUCGGCCAACGAUCAAGUUUUGCUCAUUGGUGCUGGUGUCACUUUGCAUGAGUGCUUGAAGGCUGCCGCUGAAUUGGAGAAGGCCGGUGUACAUGCCCGUGUUGUUGAUCCCUUCACUGUUAAGCCAUUGGAUGUUGAUUUAAUUGUUGAACAUGGACGUGCCUGUGGUGGUCGCAUUGUUGUUGUAGAAGAUCACUACCAACAAGGUGGUUUGGGUGAAGCUGUCCUCUCAGCCUUGGCCGACAAACGUGAUUUCGUUGUCAAACAUUUGUAUGUACCCGGUGUACCACGUUCCGGCCCACCCACCGUACUUUUGGAUGUCUUUGGCAUCUCGGCUCGCCAUGUUGUUGAUGCUGCCAAUGCUGUUUUGAAAUUGUAA